GUCAGGACCAGUAGCAAGAGUUGUUUAUAAUUUGAAAACGUGAAGGCAACAACCAAACUUGGGGUUUCUUCUUGGUAGUUCUUCUGUUUUGUAUGGACAUGAAGGGAUAUUCAGUUUCCUGGACAAAACAUAAGAAAGAGCCAUAUUUUGCAGCUAAUCACAGAAGAAGACAACACCAAUGCAUACAAGAAAAUCAUCAUUCCCCAGAAGAAACAAGUUCACUAAAUCAUUCCCUGAAAUUGGCUGCUUCUACUUCCCAAAAUACUCUACCUAUGUUACCUGUCUUUGUUGCUUUGCUGCUACUUGUUUCUUCAAUUAGCCCAGCAUUUUCUCACCCCAUUGCUUCCAAUUCUCCUUUACCACUGCCGUCUCAACUCAAUGCUAACCACACUGUGAGAUUGAGACCAGGUGCAGUGUUGCAAAAGCUGAGGAGAAUCAGAACUCACCUCAAGAAGAUCAACAAGCCCGCUGUUAAAACAAUUAAGAGUCCAGAUGGUGAUUUGAUAGAUUGUGUUUUAUCUCAUCAGCAACCUGCUUUUGACCAUCCUCAGCUCAAAGGGCAAAGACCAUUGGAUCCACCAGAAAGGCCUAAGGGCCACUCCAAUGAAGAAACAGUAAUAGAGAGCUUUCAGCUUUGGACUGAUUCUGGUGAAGCAUGUCCAGAAGGAACUGUUCCAAUCAGAAGAACAACAGAAGAAGAUAUUCUUAGAGCAAGCUCCAUCAGAGGAUUUGGAAGAAAACCAAGACAUGUACGGAGGGACUCAACAGGCACUGGUCAUGAGCAUGCAGUUGUAUUUGUAAAUGGAGAUCAAUACUAUGGAGCAAAAGCAAGCAUAAACGUGUGGACACCAAGCGUAACCGAUCCAUAUGAAUUCAGUUUGUCACAGAUAUGGGUUAUUGCUGGAUCGUUUGGUAAUGAUCUGAAUACCAUAGAAGCUGGAUGGCAGGUAAGCCCUGAGCUAUAUGGAGACAACUAUCCUAGGUUCUUCACUUAUUGGACAACGGACGCAUAUCAAGCUACUGGAUGCUACAACUUGUUAUGUUCAGGAUUUAUCCAAACAAACAACAGGAUAGCAAUAGGGGCUGCAAUCUCCCCAAGAUCCAUCUAUAAUGGAAGGCAAUUUGAUAUUGGCUUAAUGGUUUGGAAGGACCCAAAGCAUGGACAUUGGUGGCUAGAGUUUGGGUCAGGGCUACUUGUUGGGUACUGGCCAGCAAACUUGUUUAGUCAUUUGAGAAACCAUGCAAGCAUGUUACAAUUUGGAGGAGAAAUUGUGAAUUCUCGUUCAAGGGGCUACCACACUGGCACUCAAAUGGGUAGUGGCCAUUUUGCUGAAGAAGGCUUUAGAAAAGCAGCAUAUUUUAGAAACUUACAAGUUGUUGAUUGGGACAAUAACUUGCUUCCUCUUGCAAAUAUCCACCAAUUGGCUGAUCAUUCCAAUUGCUAUGACAUAAGGAUGGGAUCAAACAAUGUCUGGGGAACUUACUUUUAUUAUGGAGGUCCUGGAAGGAAUGUGAGAUGUCCAUGAACAAAUUGGAUCCUAUCAUACAUGUUUCUCGAUCUGUUAUAAAUAUAUAUAUAUAUAUAUAUAUAUAUUCUUUUUUUCCCACUUUUUUUUUCUUUUGGGGAUUUUGCUUUCAUUAUAAGCUUCACAUGGUUUGGCUAUAUUUGUUAAUUUUGGCAUAGUUUUAUUUUUGGCUAACAGGUUAGAGAUGUUUUGU